AUGAGUGAAGUUCAGCAGGAAGAUGAGCUUGAGUCGUUUCGACGCCAGUGGCUGGAGGAGGUCCGUACAAGACACCCGCCACCGCCGGCUCAAUCGCAACAGCAGCCGGCAUCAGAAGCCAGACCAGCGGAACGGCGGAAAUCGCUGCAACCGCGGCCACAGGCACCAAUACAGCUUCCACAGGAUCUGGCAGAUGAGGCGGAUGAGGAUGGCUAUACCAAGGUUGACACGUCCGAGCUAGAUGGGGAGUUCAAGUCGUUAGAGCUGGGAAGCGAGAAGACAGAGGAGAAAGCGCCCCAGUCAGCCCUUGAGCAUUUUGAGCGAGCCAUUGAGAAAGAGGACCAAGGCAGGUUGGGAGACAGUCUGAGCUUGUACCGCAAGGCUUACCGUCUCGAUGCCAAAGUUGACCAAGCGUACCGGGAAAAGCAUCAUGCCAAUGCCAAACCAUAUAUACCGCCAGCAGCAUCGGUCUCGGGCUUGACACACCCGUCAACACCGGAAAAGGUAGAUGUUGCGUCAUUUGGCAAUCUACCGAUUCUUCCCGUGGAUCCAACUAUAGAAAACACGCCUCCUCCGCCGUGUCCGAUUGCUCGUCUGCCCUCGGAGGUACUGAUAGAGAUACUGAAGCAUGUAGCCCUGCUUGAUCCGGCUCUGUUCUUUCGACUAUCUCUUGUGUGCAAGCGCCUGGCCUACCAUUUUAUGCAUGAACAACAUAUAUGGCGUCGACUGUGUCAAGGAACCGAGUUCGGUCUCGCGUCCAUGCACUAUUCCUUUGCCUGUCAGAUCAAUGGCUCACCUAUUGACAAAGGCUACGUCCUGGGCUCAGACUCAGAUUCAGAAUCGGAUUCUCAGAUUGUCCACUCGCACCCGUUCACAGCACAGAUAACGGCUACAAUACCUAAACCGCUGACCAGCUGGUCCCAUGUUUUCCAGGCUUUUCCUCGACUGCGUUUCACAGGUGUUUACCUCAGUACAGUCAACUAUAUGCGUCCGGGUGCAAACUCAGCCAUGCAGAGCGUUUCAUGGAACUCACCCAUCCAUAUAGUCACCUACUAUCGAUAUCUACGCUUUUAUCCCGAUGGCACUGUGUUAUCACUACUUUCCACCACAGAACCAGUCGAAGUUGUCCACCACCUCUCAAGAGAAAACAUAGAUCUCUUGGCUGCUAGCUCUACCGGACGGAAACAUACAAGGCACAUCUCAGACACUCCAGCUCCUGCACCUCAGGCAACCUCAACAGCAAGUCCAAUGCCGCCUACCGCCGCCGCUGCGCUAAAGCACACUUUGCGUGGACGAUGGAGACUUGCCCCGCCAACUCUAAGCCAUACAGCCCCGGCACCCACAAACUCUGCUUCAACGAGUGGCCAGCCUUCUAGCCGCCGGCUCACCAGCGCUGAGCCCCCAUCUGCCUCCACGUCGGACCCACGGGAUCUAUUCAUCGAGACCGAAGGCGUAGACCCAAAGUAUACUUAUUCAAUGCAUCUUAGCCUGCGCUCUGCGGGCUCGCAUAAAUCAAAAAACACAAAACUUGCAUGGAAGGGCUUCUGGAGUUACAACCGUCUCACUGAUGACUGGGCCGAGUUCACGCUCAGAAAUGAUCGCGCUUUUGUCUUUAGACGGGUUAGAGGCUGGGGGCUGCCGGUAUAG